AAAAUUGCUGUUGUUUGGUACAGAUAGUUGGCGAAGAAUAUUCUCCCCAAAACCCCCCUCCUUUCUCUUCUCUAUCUAUCUUUGAGCUGAGCUGAGCUGAGCUGAGCUGAGAGAGAGAAGAACAACCCGACGACGAAGAAGACUUGUUUACUCUCUCGACACAGAGAGAUCAAUAUAGACUUUCUUCUUAACUUUGCAAACUUGUAUAAAUGGAUCAGAUAUUGAACAAGUUGGGUUCCUAUUGGAUAGGUCAGAAAGCCAACAAAGAGAUCAAUUCCGUCGGCGAUGACAUUAACUCCUUGCAAAGCAGUAUUGAAGGAGGAAGCAAAUGGCUGGUGAACAAGAUUAAAGGAAAAAUGCAAAAGCCAUUGCCAGAACUGCUGAAGGAGUAUGACCUUCCAGUAGGCAUCUUCCCUCGUGAUGCCACCAACUAUGAGUUUAAUGAAGAAACCAAGAAGCUUACUGUAUAUAUUCCCUCAGUAUGUGAGGUUGGUUACAGGGAUUCAUCUGUAUUACGCUUCUCCACAGCUGUUACUGGGUACUUGGAGAAAGGAAAGCUAGCCGACAUUGAAGGAAUGAAAACAAAAGUGAUGAUGUGGGUAAAAGUUACUGCUAUUUCAUCUGAAAAAUCAAAGCUUCAUUUCACGGCUGGCUUGAAGAAAACCCGUAGUAAGGAAGCUUAUGAGGUCUUGAGAGAUGGAGUCGCUGUAGAUAAAUUCUAAUGUUGUCAACUUGCUAUGAAUACUGAGAUUGUUAUCUAUCUGUAAAGCCUUGAGGCAUGUUUGAGUUGUUGUAGUUACGACUUCUCUGUGAAACAGUUGUGUGAAUAAUUUUGAAUUUGGAUUAAAUUGUAAUGUCAAUUGCAAACUUACGAAACAUAAAUAUGUGGUUAAACCAGA